CUGCAAGGCAAGGAGCUGCAGAUCUGGGGACUGUGACAUGCAGGGGACAGAAAGGAGUCUUUCCCUGUGUGUCCAGGCCCGCAGUCACCUGCAACACACUCGAGGUGUGGAGCUUCAAGAGAACAUCUGCUCUGACUAAACAAACGUUUUCGGACAACCCAUGCAACCUUCAUGCAAGGGACACACAGGGGCAGAAAUUAUCUGAUUGCAUACAGGACAUUAAUCAGCAUACACAGGAAAAAAGAGGAACAGCUGAAAAGAAAAAAAUAAAUGGACAAAGAAACCAGAGAGACUCCAAGCAUGUUUUGCACGUGGAUUUCAACAGUUGCUGGAGGAAUAUUGGUGCUGUGUGUCUCUCUGAAGAUCUUUCUCCCCUAUUUCUGGGCAGACCUGAUCUAUUUCUUGAGACGGAAGAGGUCAAAGGCAACAGUAAAAAAGUGGGCAAAAAAUGGAAUUCUCUCCAUAACUGACCUUUUCAGGCAAUCAGUGGAAAAAAACCCCCACAAGCCAUUCCUUAUCUAUGAAGGGACGGUGUACACUUAUCAGGAUGUGGAGAGGAGGAGUAACAGGGUAGCACAGGCCUUCCUGCACUAUGGGAAUCUGAGAAAAGGCGACACUGUGGCCCUGCUGAUGGGUAAUGGACCUGACUUCAUCCACGUGUGGUUCGGGCUAGCCAAGCUGGGCUUCGUCGUGGCCUUUCUCAACGUCAAUAUCCGCUCACGAUCUCUCCUGCACUGCAUUAAUACAUGCGCAGCAAAAGCUCUGGUCAUAGGAGAAGAUUUUUUAGGAUCAAUAGAGAAAGAAUUUGUUUUGAAUGUCUUGGAAAAUAAUGUUGCUGUCUGGCUGAUGAGCGCCAGCUCUCCUUUCCAGCAUGUUCACACCCUACCAGACAAACUAGACAAGGUGCCUGAUCAUCCUGUUCCGUCUCAUCUUGGAGCUGUCACUGACACAGCAAACACAGCUCUGCAUAUCUUCACAUCGGGAAGUACAGGUUUCCCAAAAGCUGCUAUCAUCACUCACCGCAGGACUCUGGCUGCCUCCUUGGCAUUGACUCAGUGUGGUGCAGUUUCUCAGGAUAUUAUAUAUGUCACUCUUCCCUUGUACCACAUCAGUGCUUCUCUUCUUGGCAUCAGUGGAUGCAUUCAGUUAGGAGCGACCUGUGUUUUGAAGAGGAAAUUUUCUGCGAGAGAGUUUUGGAAUGACUGUAGGAAAUACAAUGUUACCAUGUUUUUAUAUAUAGGAGAACUCUGCCGCUAUCUCUGCAAUCAGCCCUGUAAAGAAGAGGACAGAGUUCAUGAGGUGCGCAUUGCCCUUGGAAAUGGGAUUAGACCUUCUGUAUGGAAAGAGUUUCUGAUGAGGUUUGGCCCAGUUAAAAUAUUUGAAUUCUAUGGGUCCACAGAAGGAAGUCUUAGUUUCCUGAACUAUACUAAUAAAAUAGGAGCUGUGGGCCGUGCUGGCAUCUUCUCAAAGUUUCUACAUUCUUUUGAGUUGUUGAAAUAUGAUGUCUGGAAACAAGAACUUAUAAAAGAUGAAAAUGGAAGGUGUAAGAAAGCACCCAUAGGUAAACCUGGUCUUCUGGUUUUUCAAGUUACUGAGGAUAGCCCAUUUUCUGGAUAUGUUGGAAAUAAAGAAGCCUCAGAGAAGAAACUCCUGCGUAAUGUGUUUGUGGAAGGAGAUGUGUAUCUCGACACAGGGGACCUCCUAGUGAUGGAUGAGGAUGGGUUCCUCUACUUCACUGACCGGGUGGGAGACACUUUCAGGUGGAAAGGAGAAAAUGUUGCUACUUUAGAAGUUGCAGACGUCAUUGGUAUGAUGGAUUUUGUCCAAGAAGUUAACGUUUAUGGUGUAAGCGUAAAAAAUUAUGAAGGAAGAACAGGGAUGGCAGCUAUCGUGCUUAAACGUUACCAUGACUUUAAUGGAGAAAGACUUUAUAAGCAUGUUGAGGCCUUCCUUCCAAGUUAUGCCCAACCACGCUUUGUGAGAAUCAUGGAUGUUAUGCAAACUACUGCAACUUUCAAGCAUCAGAAAACACAUCUGGCAAAUGAAGGAUUUAAUCCAGAAAUUAUAUCUGAACCCCUGUAUUUCAUGUAUGAACCUGCACAUUCUUAUAUUCCUUUGACAAGAGAGAAAUACCAGAAGGUGGUUUCUGGUGAAAUACGUCUAUAACGCAUAGAAAUAAAAUUACUCUAUAAUACAGAAAAUUUCAGAUAUAUUCCUGAAACCAUUUCAGGAGGAGUCACGAUGCAGUAUUUGUUUUAAAAACACAAGGUAUUCAAAUCAAUCUUAUGGUAUUAAAAUUGGUCGCUUCCAAAGAUACACAUACAAUAUUUAUGUGCAUUGUGUAGGCUGCACUGCAUCUGCUCAUAUAAUUUCCUCACACAUGGGCUUACAUAUGCAAAUUUUUAUUUCACAUUUCUCACUGAUUCAAAUUAUUUUUGUCUGAGCCACCAUUAUCUUAACCUAGCUGAAUAUUUUACACACAUACAUUUUAUUCUGACUCUGCUUUUAAAAUUAAUAAAUAAUUAGAUCAAUAAUGUCCUAGGCAUAAAUAAAGUGAGCCACCAGAAACAUAAGCAAAAUACUGCACAAGCACUGUAUGUAGACCUGAGUUCAAUGUUUGACAAUUAUACAAUGUAAUAUUUAAUUGUAGUAUUUUUUGUGAUGCUCUACUUCAGACUUUUAUGGAAAUAAACAUUCAGUGAUGAAAUAUAUUUGUAGUAUUUAGUGUACAUUAUUUUCCACAAUUUACACCAGAACACAGAUUAUUUGCAAAAAUUCACACUCGAUGGUACAUUAUCUCUUUUUUAACUUACCAGUUGUCAUAUUCCUGAAGCUGAAUUCUCAUGAAAAUGGGACAAAAUUUACUAUAGCUUCUAGGUUUUACUGGAAGUGAACAUCUAGAAACUCUUAAAAGGAGCUAGAAAGUUUCAAAGGCAGAAUCAAAUCAGAGAAUAUAACAUUAGCAUACCUGCUGGAUGUAGUUUCCUUGAGUAUACCUAUCUGGUUUCAUUUAAAAAUCAAACAAGUCUUUACUUACAUGAGGGAAAACCUCCCUCCUGUACAAUUCCCUGAACUCGUGUGACCUUUUGCCCGGAUUAAUAAAAUAUCUGUACAAUAAAGCUAAUGCUCAUCCCAGUUAGAGCCUUACAGACUUGCAUGAUUUCCCCAAGCAUAAGACUUAUUUUUUUUCAGUUUUCAGUAUGUGCUAGUACUACCAUGCCAACUUCGCUGCCUCUGCCAUAACGCAGUGAUGCAUGGCAACUGACCCAAACACCUUUGGUGCCUUGUAGAGCACAGGACACCAGCAGCCCCACACCACAGGAGCCCAUCACCUAAAGUAAGGAACAAUUUAACUAACAAAGGAACUCUGUUAUGAUCACAGAGGUCCAAACCCCUUGGUGACACCAUGUGUCUCUCAAGAUCCUCUGCCAUUCCACAUCACAGAAGCGUGUGUGACAGAAGCAGAUGCGGCUUGAGGUAUGGAAGGCAGUAGGUGUGGGCAGAACAGGACAGAUGGCAUCCAGCACACCAGACACACCUAGGGCACACCAACAUCUCCUAUGAGACACAGGAGCUUGGAGUGAGAGAAGCAGAAUUGUAAAUAAAAAUAUUUACUUUUAAGAAUUGUCCAUUUGUGGACUAGGAAGAGCACUGAACAUAAUACAGGUUUGAGGAAGGCCCGAGGAAUUUCAACGGUUUGAAUCCAUUAUGGGACUCUAUAGCACCCCAAAAAAUCUCCUUUCACUAAGACAGUAAACUUCUGAUGUCCUACCCAGUUUCUGGGAAUCCUAUUAUCAAGAAAGGAAGGGAUUGGUCAUUCAUGACUGUUGAAUAUAGUAGUUUCUCCAACUACUUUUACUUUGGUCUUCUAACACAUGAAACAAUAGUGCUCACCUAGAACUCUUCUUACAAGCUGACACAAUAUUUCCAAAAUGCCAAUAAUUUUCAAAACAUGACAGAAUAUUGAGACAGCUGUGAAUUGGCUAUAAAUAAAAUACUUGUAUUUUUCCUACUAUCUAAAGGUAUAUAUAACUAUGCCUACAUGUAACACUUAAACAGGUAGAACAUUAAAUUUUAUGAAGAUAAAAUAUAACUGCUAUAUAACUGCUGCUACCAAUACACUUGAUUAAGUUUGUAACAUUUACAAAGCCCCAAAAGCCUCAGAAAAAAGUGUCAUUUUCUCCCUUUAUUUGUAUUAAGAAGAUGUCCUACAAACUACUGUCUUACUGCCACUUAUUUUUGUUUUCUCCUUCACCCUUUUACUCUCUACACUUAAUUACUUCCCAAUACUCAUUCUUCAGAAAAGGUUAAAAUAGAGCACAAGACAAUGAUCACAUUUACGAGGAUCUAAGCAGGAGAUGGUUGAGGAAUGUGUCUCUUACACCACAAAAUUACUGUGGUUUCAAGAUCCAUACGAAAUGUCCCAUGCAUGUGCAGAGAAGGAUGACUACCUAUUAACUCUUAGGCAUCUAAAUCCUUUUCUUCCUCACCUCUUGUUAUCAGUUAUUUUUUGAGCUUUCAAAAGUAGUUUCCUCUCAUUUUCACAGACCAGAAAAAAAGGAUAUGAGAAGAAAACUAAGAAAGUGAACAACUACUUUUGCUACAGAAUGUUAAAAAAGUAACAUUUUAGAAUAUAACCCAGUUAUACCAGUUAAUAAAGUGGUCUUCCAUAUAGAAGACACAAUUGGAGAAAUCAAUGUGAGGGAAGAAAAAGAGCAGCAACAUGAAAUGAAAUAUGGCUUUAAUGCUGAUCAUGUACUUACAAGGGUCUCCAAGUUUACAACUCAAUCCUAUGAGCAGCUAUUCCUCUCUGGAAGGGCAAACUUUUUUAAUGUUAAAGUCCUAGAUCAAAUGUUCCACAAAGCAGAAUGCAGAUUUUGCCUGCCAGGCUCCUAUAUUACUCUAUUUUGAGCCAAGACACAGAAGUAAGUUUUCAUAUUUGACAGCUACUAAAAAAUGAAUUGGGAUAUUAUUCUCCACAUACUAUAAUAAGUAUAAUGUUAUAUAUUUACUAUAUACUGUAUAAUACUAAACUUAAAUUAUCAGCUGACACUUCAAAAUUUAUGAUUUUUCAAAAGAAACACAAACAAUCAACAAUCUCUUACAUCCAAAAUGUGUUAUUUAAGACAAGUUCUUUCUUUUCCCUCAAAAAUUUGAAGUAUCUCACUUCUCUGGUGCUUAUGCUACUAAAAAAGCAUUGUAGUUCACUAAGGUAUAUUAGUCAGGUUCAGAGUUAAUGCAAAUAUAUAUAUAUAUAUAUAUAUGUACUAUUGUAAUAUCUGGAUAUUAAAAGGAUUAAUGUCUCAAACCCCCUCAAAAUGAGUUGGUUUUUUUUUUACAUUAACAAAGCAUUUCAGUAUUUGGUGUAUGUUUCUUUGCUACAGUGAGAUUCUAUAAGGAAAUUUUUCAGUUUUAUUCAAUCAUAUUUUUUAAAAAAAACUUCACUCUGAAUUUCACCAAAGGAAAAUUAAACUCCUUUAUAUUUCCUUAUCGAGUCAUACCAUGCCCCAGGGAACCAAAUUGUUUUGAAGGGAAAUUGAGCACAAUAAUUACAGCACAAUAAAUAAUUAAUGACACUGUGGUAAGAGUUUAUGAGUUCUACAUAUGUCAAGAAUAAAAUAGAUUUCGGGUAAUGGCAUCUAACAAGAAGCCAAAUAACAGAUGCAUUUCUUGCUAUACUUUGGGGUUUUAUUACUUAAAAACAAAUAUCACUACAUUUAAAAUAUAAGAGGUUUUAGAGACUUUUAGAGAUAGUCUUUACUACCUCUUUAUAAAGGUUUCUUCACAAUAUGAAUUUUCCACUUGGAAGUAAGUGUUAUGUUAGCAGUUUCGAUCUCAUAAUAGCACACAAUUUUCCCCAGACUUUUUGUCUUAUUCGGUGUGGCACGUGGUAACCUGAACUUGCUCAACAGUUCAGUAGCCUGUGUGGCACUUACUGACCCAUGCAUGCAGUUAUUUUUAUCUUCACUGAUGAUAGCAAUUACUUUACAUUAAUUGAAAUAAUUAAUUUCUUUGUAAGCCUUUCAAAUCCCAUGAUACUUACGUUAAAAAUAUAAAUAAAUAUGCUUAUAUCUGCAUUGGAUAAAAGCCCUGAAAGUAUAGAGAACAAAAGUACUGAAGGCAAAUUUACCCUAUCUGGUAUCUACAGGGGCUAAACCAGCCACCUAAACUGUGGUAUUUUAGUACCCUUGGGAUGCAUGAUGCUUUUAAGUACCACUGCACACUUCUGUUUCAUUUAUUUUAGUAUGAGCACUUCAUAAAAAAAACGAGAUGGAAGACUUUGGUAAGAAUGUCAUAGAGUGGAUACUUCUAAAUGCUGGUUAUGGGACAUAAGCGUAGAAUUGCCCUUUAGCUUCCUGAAAAUUUCAGCCUUGAAAUAUUUUGAAAGAGAUCUAUAUAUAGACAAAAAUAAAACUGUAAGUAUAAACACUGAAUUUAUUUUAAAACAUACUUUUUAGAGAAAUUAAUACUAUUAAAUACUGGAAAUUAUCAGUAAGGCAAAAUGAACACAUAGUCUUCAUACCUGAGUGAAUAGCGUCCCAGAAAGAAAUAGUAUUACAUCAGAAGGGACAAAUCUAGGAAAUUACUACUUUCUCACAUUUAAAAAUAAGCUAUAAGACUUCUACUAUGAAACAUUUUACACUGCCAUUACAUUACUUUUUAAUUAUUAAUUUAUAAUUUGCUAAAUUACAAGGCAUAUUACACUUCAGGCAGCUAAAUAACAUCACCAAUCAAUCACUCUUACUUAUUUCCUAACAAAAUAAUACUGAAUUUUAAGACUUUGAUGUUUACUUCCAAUAAGGUAGUUGAAGUCAUAAAAUACACAUCUAUGUGAGAUUCACAUUGGAGGAUUUUAAAGAAUGCUUAGAUGUACAGGUUAUUGGACAUCACUAAAACUAUUUGAAUGAGCCUCAAAAACCGUAAGUAUUUCUAUUGUUUCUACUACAUGAAAAUCAGACACACAAGGAAACAUCAGCUAAAAUUGUCACUGGGCACUUGAAAGUAUGACAGGACAUGUGCAUGCAGUUGCAUCCAGAAGGACUUAUUUUGGUUUUUCUUGGUCCACCUAAUUUCAAGCGUACUUUGUCCCAUUAAUGUUGGUCACUAGUUGUGGAGAUGUUCCUCAUGAAGCAGAAAUCUUCUUCUUCCUCUUUUGGAUUUGAAUGGAUGCUAUGUGUGAAUCAUCUACUGAAGGUAAAUGGGCCUCUCUAAAAGUUAAUAAGUUUCCUUCUCACUACAACUUGGAGAAAGACAAAGCAUACUACAAAUUCUUGUGCUGGGGCACAGAAGUGAUUCUGCCUCUUUCCUAUUCCAGUAUGUUUAUAGGUCAAACUCAACUGUACUUCUACAGUUUUGAACAAAAACUAAACCUUCUGAUUUCAAACUUAAUGACAAAAAGGAAGAGUUUAUUGUAUGUGGCGUUGUUGGGUUUCUAUUCUAUAAACUCAAAUCACAGAACAGUAUCACAUAAUACCUUAGAAACUAGGCAGAAUUAACUAGAAGAGUUUUCAUUUUCUUGUUCCACUCUUUGUUAUCUUAAUUGUAUUCUUUUUAAUGCAGGUGGCCAGAAUGAGUGAGUGAGUGAGUGAGUGAGUGAGUGAGUGAGUGAGUGAGAAGGAAUUUGGGCUGUAGCUUCUUAUACUAUUUUUGGCUAACAGUGAACUUUCAGAAAACUUUCCAGGUUGACUUCCAUUUUUCUGACUUACAGUAAGGCAACCAAGAUUAUUUUAGCGGAACAACUGAUGAACUGUAUUAAUCCUUCUGGUUUACUCCUGCAAUAGUCAGGAAGUAUUUUCUGAUCUUUAUUGUUGCUUUGCACACUCAGUCAUUCACUCAUGUCAUGUAUCUAAUUCUGAAUUCUAUCACUGUUCUGUUGUGCAGAGUCUAAAAAAGAGCAGAUGUUCCUUGUUGAUAGGGGAACCAACAUUCAUUUUUAAAACAGACAGAUAAAACCCAUAAAGCAGCAGUAGACAUUUGAAGCACUUUUAUGAGCAAAUGAAUAACCUUGUGAUACUAGCAGAAAAGGUAAAAAAAUCUCAUAGAAUCCGGCUCUGCAGAAGAUACCAAAUGUGCAGUCUUAGCUUGAAAAAAAAAUUGCUGUAAGCACAUGAAAGCAUAAAUGUUUACUCAAAACAUGGAAAUAUGGCCGUGCUAUUCUUUGUCUCCAUGUGACUCUUCUGAGUUUUGUCUCAAAAGUGCCUGCAGGUGGAAUACCUCCAGCUGUAAUCUGGACAAAUCACUUUAGCCACUUGGAACCAGCUUUCACUUAGGAGGCUUCAAAGAAAACUGUUGCUGCAGAAAGAGGUGAUGAUUUCCUUUGCUAUUAAUCUAUUUUUAGCUUGUGCUGUGGUAGAAUAUCAGGGUAUGACAGACCAGCAUAAUUUUUUUCUAGAAUGAAAUUGGAGUAUUCCUGUGAGAUAUGUUCCUGCACAGAGAAAAAACCCCCAAACAACAACACAAACAAUUCCAAAAUUUACAAUAUAAAUAUCUAUGAUCAGAAUGUGAUAUAUUCUAGCAGAGUCCAGAAAAAAAAUCAUAGCUGAGAAAACAGUACUGAUUGAAGGCAUGUUUUAACAGAUAGAAGAUUAGCACAGGAAGUAUGGGCAGAUCUGGGGACAGUGAACUUAAUUUUUCCAGUUCAGAAUUGCAUUAAAUUAGACCAGAGGUUUUGUGUGCUUUCAUGGAGGUACCUGAAAAAAAUAAAGAAGGUCUAAAUAAUGACAUCAGACCAAGCCACCUACACCUCAUCAGUAAUGAGAUUUCUGUGACCAUUUGGAAGGGUAUUACUGUCUUCCCAUUAACAAAUUCUGUAGCAAUUUCCAAGUUUGGUACCAAAGACUUCCAAGAACUAUGAAGAGUUUUAGUGCUGGAAUAGACUGAAUGGGCAGAGCACAACAGUAGCUUUUUAAAUUAAUUAAGCCUUAGCUCAAGAAAUGGCACAGCAUGAUCAGUUUCUUGGUUUCCAGAAAUAGAGGAGAUGAGCUGGAUGUAUGACAAAGUAGUCAUAAAGUAGAUUAAGUUGCAAGAAUCAAUGUGACAUUAAGGCAGAGCCUGGCCUGAACAGGACUUUUAAAGAGAAGGUCUUUAAGUUUAGGUGAAAGAAAACCAUAUAGAAAUGCCCAAAGAAGCAAACGGCAACCAACAAGAAAGUACUCAGAUUGGUAAAAACAGCUCAAUAGGUCUGACACAGUACAUUUUUGUCUUUAAAAAUCCAUUAAAGCAUAACAAUAAUCAAAUGGAGGGUUCAUCUGGAAUAAAUGCUCCAUUUAUAGAAUAUGGUUAGCUUCUGAUCCAUGAUUCCAUAAAAAUUUCAGAUUCACACAUCAUUAACAUGUUUCGCUUAAAACCACAAGAGCUACAGACUGAAGUUUUUAAACAGAGACUUACAGGAUCCUCAAGUAAAGCAUGGUAGUAGACAUUAGAGCAGAAAAAAGUACAACGGUUCAACAACAAGACAUGAGUAAGCGUUUUUCUUUACAUAAGACUUUUUUUUUAUGCAAGGAUCAGGUGCAGGAGGUGCAGAAGAGAUGAAGUCUCCAAACUGGCAGUCUGUCCAUGAAGGCAAGAAACUCUGUUAUUAAUUAAUUAGUUCUCCCACAGCACUUUUGCAAUAACCCGUCAUACUUUCCUGAGUAACAUUUUAACUGAGAAGUUAAAGAUCUUUAUAUGACUAAACCCAGGCAGUUGCAGUUUUCAUUUAGCAGUGGUUCAAAGGCCAAGGAUAAACAUUUUACCUUAUUAUGACUCAUUUUCUUUGAAACUUUGUGAGGCUGUUUUGGGGGAACCUCUAGUUAUAUUACUAGAAGUAAUAACCUGCACAGGUUUCAGCAGAAAAAUCUUCUGUAUCGCAACUGCUCAUUCUAUGAAGUUUUAGACAUUAAAAAAAAAAAAAUGUUUUUAAAUAAAGUGUAAUUCCACUCCUUUUGUUGGCAAGAGAAGUGUACAAAUUGAGGCAUUAAAAAAUUUAUAUCUGAUUGUAACAUUAAAGACUGUCACUUAUGAAGCAUAUUAAGACCACCUGCUUGUGUACAUUCCCCUCUGCAGGUGGCUGGCAACUAUUACAGAAAAUAACAAAAGUUGCUAAAGGAGCAAAUAUUAAAGGCAGGAGGCAGGGGGCCUGAACUUCACCUUUAAAAAAAUCUAUAUUUUCACUUGCAAGGUUUUAGAUGCUCUUGAAAUUGUAUUCUUCAGCAGUAGUAAAUCUAUUCUCAAUAUAACAAGAUAAGAAGCCUAUGUUAUUGCUAUUUAUUUUUUUAAUAUUACAACCAUUACCCUAAAAGAGCCAAAGCUGAUUUUAAAUGUAAUUCAGCUAUGCUUUUGGUUUAGUUCUUCAUACUCACAGCCAGGGUUAAAUUUUUAAAACUGCACAGAAAUUAAACAAAAUACAAGCCAGGGUAAAGUAGAUGAAUGCAAAGAAGAAAAAUGAGAACUACUAUAAAUUACACAGAUUUUAAAAAUCUCUGACAACAGAACAGAGGACAUCCAACUGCAGGUAGGCACCAGAAAGAGAGGGGUCUUUACUUCAGCUGAGGUUUUGGAGUAAAGUGAAACACAUUCCUUAAAACUAUAUGGCUGUCCAAUAUACCUUCAACUACUCAACACUUUUUCAGAGCAUGCCAAAUGACCAGCGUCUAAAAGGGGAAAAAAACUUGAGAAUUUACACAGCAGUGGGGAUAGAAGAAUGGAAAAUGUGAGUACUGCUCAACUCAACAAAAUUAAGAUCAAACAUGUAGCUUUCUUAGACUAUUCCUUACAUUCUUAGAGGCGACACCAAGUAGGACACUCUGUAAGGAUUUGUUCAAUAACAGUAAUGAAAAAAUAUGAAGCUAGAAAAUAGUCUCUCAAAGUCUGGAGACAGUGUUAGUUUCUGCAUCUCACAAUGAUGAGGUCAUCAGCAAUCUGCUUUGAGUGUUAUGUGUAUAAGCAAUCUAAAAAUGUUUGUGUGCUAGCACAGCUAGGUACAUGUAGAGGCUUGAGAGUGAGUUGGACUACACUCUGCCCCAAGGGACAUUGUGACAGACUGGGCUGCUGUUCAUUUUAAUCUGCUCUGUAGAAAAUGGAUCUUCAGCAAGAAAAAAAAAGGGCAAAUAUAGAGAGUAUGUCAGGGAGAGAAAGAAGUUAUCUAAACUUUUAGGACCUUGCCAGUGCAGGAAGCCUUGCAAGACAUCCACAUCCUUGCACUGAAAACAGCUAAGGAAAGCAGAAGAAAAUUAUCAUUCUGCCCAAGAAGGAUGAAACUUACAGGAAAAUGGAAAAGGCAUUUUAAAAAGUCUUUGUUCUUCACUUUGCUAGUGGAUUAACUAGUGGUACUACUAAUCCAUAACAAAAUAUUUAACUAAUACAUAGAUACAGCAAAGAGGCUACUAGAAGCUUCCUUCUUAGAAAUCAUGGAGCACUGGGGUCUCUGCAGCCCCCAGUAGCUGGAGAUAAGGCACACCUCUCCAUCUGCAAUUGGCUUAAGUUCAGAGGGCAGAAUGAGUUAGUGGGACAGACCACAUUGAAUAGUACUGGCUUUUCCUUUUUCCUAGGGUAGUCUGGGAUAAUUUUGCUAACACCUUGACUAUAAAGAUUCACUAAUCUGGUAUUUGCACUAUUAUCUCUGAAAAGGGUGACCUUGAAAUUGGUCAAGAUACUGUGCUUCUGUAGCCAUUAUUUUUCCUCCCCUGACUGGCUGCUGUGCUCAGCUGAAAAGGAUUUCAACUCUUCAGAAAGGAGAAAUAGAAAAAGAAAGCAUAAUAGAGUGGGGAUGAGGUGCUGGACUCUCACGUGCUGGACACUUGCCCUAACUGCAGCCCUUUCUAACAAUCCUGAUUUCUACCUCAGAAAAAUUUGCCAGCAAUUCUUCAAUCAGACAUGCUCACCAAUAUCCAGGUAAACAUGCUGCACCUGGACCCAGUGACUCAGAUGACUGUUUCCAACCUGAAGGACUUGAAGUGCUGCUUUUCCUUCCUGCCCCACUACACCCUCCUGCUUAAGCUAGUAUCCUUUGGUUCAUCUUGCUCCUUCUGCAUUGAGGUGACUCCACUGUAGGGUGACUCCAAAGAGGCACAGUCCGGCUCCUGGAUGCUCUUGUUGCUCACAGAAACUGACUUCAAGUUUUGAAUGUCCCAAUCCACUCUUCUUUUGCCUCUGACAUCACCGUGAGAGGCAGACACUUUGUUUGCUUGCCCAAAAAGCUCCCCCCUGCACCACAAUUAGCUGUGGCUGCCAGGAGAAACUGGAGCUGACAAGAGCAAAUUGGAAAGCUGGGCAAUCAGCUCAGAGGAGAGAAUAGCCCUGUGAAUGUAAUUGGUUAAGGCUAUGAACUGUUUUUCACACUAAAUGUCUGCGUCAAUUUAUUUCCUUAAACAAAGUUCAAAAGUCAAUGAAGCACAUCAAAUAGAAGUAUUAAAUGUUUAGUGUAGCUUAUAGACCAAGAGUUAUAUCCCUCCUAAAUUCCUUUGCCAUUCUCACUCUUCCUUUCAGACCCUCAAUUAAGCAGCAUGGGCUGUGACAGCUGACAUUUAGCUGGUGUCAGCACUUCAGCUUGGGUUUUGUGUCCCACAUUUGCCCUGACAGCCUACAUCUUUCUUCUGUUAUGUGCAUUAUAUGAAGAACUCUGCCAGGACUCUGUAAAUUCUCUGGGAUCCCUCUUUAGGGCAGAUGAUAGAAUGAUAACAGGGAAAAAGAAAAAAGGUAAAAAUCCAUCAUAGUCCUUGCAGCUCAUGAAGAGCUGUUUCACAAAUUUCAAACACGAACAAAAUCUGCUUUGUAGGUACACAGAGUUUCAAGGCAAGGCUCAGCAUUCAAUUUUUUUAAAUACAGACCUUCUGCUAGAGAUCUCAUGUGGUUCUUUUUGAAAACAAACAAAAGUGCUCAGUGUGUAUUUAAAAGGAAGUUAGAUGACUUUUUGUGUUGUGACAUUGUCUUUUUUUCUAGGAAAGAGAGUAUUGGGGUGUGUACCUUGUGCAUACAGAUAAAGUUUACUGGGUGCAAUGUGCAACUCAGGCUGUUUUGCAGAUGAAUACAAAGUCCAAGAGACACAAAGAUAAGAGGUGACCAUUUGGAGGCAUUUUCUCCGGUGAUUUGUACACUGAACUUUUAGCUAUUGAACACAAUGUGAACAAUGGAGAAUUUCCUGUAAGGAUAGGUUGUCAUUUGAUAUUUCUCUUGUGUCCAGCUAACAUGCCACUCUACAGUGAAGAAGGCUGCUGCCCACCCUGCUACGGUGACUUCAAACUGGCAGACAGCACAGGUUGCUUUCACUGUAGCAAAAAUCACAAGGUAUGACCUUGCUGAAGAGCAGUACUGGCAUUUAAGGGCUUUAUGGCUGGCUUUGCUGACAUUUAAAAAUGAAAAGCAGAAAAAAGUCAAACUGUGAGGCUGAGCUGAAGGCACACAACAUAAUGCCUCUGCACUAUCACCAGAAUAGGCCAGGCUUACUUAAAGCUGAUUUGUCACAUGUCGCCUUUUCUCCUAUGUUUUUUAAACUUCUGUGCUUUUUAUAAAACAGCUGACUAGAAAGUACCUAUUUCAAUGAAUAGCAAUCUGCAUCAUCAUGCCAAAAUUACCUCAUUGGCUUUGAAACAGCUACAGCAUCUUGCACACAGAUUUGUGGAGUGAAAAAAAUGUGAUUAAACCAAACGGAUACAACUGGGAAAAGCAGGCUCAGGCCACACAACCACUCUUCAUUUUUCUCUAAAGUUAAAAACGUUUUGUGUUUCUAGCCUAAGGUUAAAAGUGAGCUGUAUUUGUGUCCCUGUCAGCUUCUCUGCUUCUGACUAUUCUUAACCUAAUAAAAAAAAAAUAUAGCUGCUCUACCAACCCCCUUUUCUUUAGCCUUAUACCAACACAGCUAUGAGAAUACAACUGCAGUAUUGGAAGGGUAGGACAGUAUCUCCAAAACAUCAAAAAUGACACCCUAACCUACUCUACCAGGUCAUUUAAAACAAAGACUCCUCCUACUCAACUUCACAUAAUUUCAGUUUUUAAAACUGCUGUUGCCAGAUGAGUGUGUACUAUAAUACAUUCUACCACCAGACAGGAAAAUCCAAACCACUUACUUUCCUACCAGCUGAUUUGGCUUUCCUUUUACUUGGAACCACGGAUCUGGAGAAUAAAGCAAAGCCACAGCUGUUAAUAAGAGGCUGCAAAUCAAUCUGUUUCCUUCUCACAUAAGCAACUACUAUAAGAACAUGAAGUGAUUUGGACUGGAAAUGAAGAUAUAACAUAUAUGGGAUAGGACAGCAACAGUCCAAUAUAUAUUUCAAAAUGGACUUCUGGGGGGACAGAAGAUGUGUGUGAAUAGGAGGAAAAUCAGUGUUUUAGAGAAAUUCUUACUACUGCAUGGAUUUUCUAUGCUGACUUUCUUACAGAAUUACUGCGUUCCCCAGCGCUGAUGGUUUUCAUCAUAAUCUUGUAGUAUGUUUCCCAAUGGAACUGCAUUUAUGACGUGACUUCUUCGACCAAGUACCUCCACAGUAUUCCUCAUUCUACACAUCAACCCCUAAUUAAUCUAAUUCCAGUAGUUUAAAUAGUGUUUAAUCACAAAUAGAGAGUUUGAAUUUAUUGCAAAGUAAAACACAAUCCAGAAGUGCACUGGCAAAAGGACUACUUCUGUCUUCUUUAGGAUCUUCUUGAGCUACAGAGAACUGAAAAAAAACAGAGAGCAUUUACAACAGAAAUUUUCCACCUGUCUUUUAAAGUGGUUCAGCACUUUCAAACUAUGCCAAAGGGAAUAAAUAACACUCAGCAGGUAAUCUACCUUAAAGGGACAAAACAAAGCAAUUUUUUUAGCAUUGCUGGAUACAUAAUAAUACACAAGAGGAUGCUCUUUAUAGCCCCUUGCUAUGAAGAACAGAGUCUUCACACAGAAGUGUAUGGAAGUGCUAUUAUUUGUUGUCACUAUGGUCCGACGGCCAAGAGAUAGACUAAGCCUUAAAAUUGUUCCUUCACUUUUUUGACAAUAAACAGUUCUAGAGCUGUUAAUCAUUUAAGACUUAUCUUUACAAAUUAAUUCAUUUUGAGAAGGACUAAUUCUUAAGCCAUAAUUCUUGAGUGGAUUUUUUUUGUUAGAUACUCCUAAAGACCUCAUGAUCACCCUGUAACUGACAUUAUUCUGUGGAUUUCAUCAUUGCCCCUUCAGUAACAAAGAGGAAUACAAAAUCACGUGAAGAUUUAGAAGUUCAAAAUAAGGCAGUCACCCCCAUAAAGCUCUGCCUAAAAUGGAAACAACUAACAUUGCUAGGAGUGGCAAAGGAAAGGAAAUCCAAGACAAGAAGGUUACAGUUCCUUUAGUAAUAGUACAGUGCAACAACAUCAACCAAAAUACAGCUACUUGUACAUAAUACAAAAAUAAAGUUUAUACUGUGCUAGGAAUUAUGUAUUUUGAGCUUAAAGAGUGAUGUAUAACAUUUUCUCUUAAAUAAUAUGGUCAGGUACACUCAGCCAAAUGGAUGCACUAACACACUCUCUUUGAAGACAAACACAUAAAGAGCAGUUUCUUAGUUCAGUGUAUCCAUAUAUCAUACGUCAGCUAGGAUUUGAGAGCAAGCUAAGUCUUUCAAGUUUUCCCUUUGCUACUGUUCUUUAUCCAUAGCACAACAGUUCUACAAUCAAAUGGUGAGUUGAAUUUUUGACAGUGGCGUUUAUUAGCAGAUACAGAAAAGUAUUAUUCAGAACAGCCUAAGGCACCGUAGUUUCCACAACAGACCAAAGACAUCACUGGCAAAAAUCAAUUUUAAAGGCAGCUAUGAGUGCUCAGCUACAGUACCAUGAUGAACAACAAUCUAAUGUUGACAACAUUCUCUGGUGACUGGUGUGGCUUCUGUUUAUUCUCUAUAAGGAGUAGUAAAAUAUAUUAUUUUAAUGUUGCUACAAAUCUGAAGAAUGCAUAAACUCUUAGCAAAAAAAUCUUCUCCUUUUAUCUCUCCUUUUUAAAAUUC